UCACUAACGAUGGGUACGAAGUUGCUGUGAAGAUGUUGAGGACUCAUCUUGCCGACAUAGAGAACAAGCAGUUUCGAAAUGAGUUACAAACCCUCAGGAAGCUUGCCCAUCAAAACAUUGUACAGCUUCUUGGCUAUUGUUAUGAAGCAGAGAAAAACAAAACACCUCUUAUCAUGCCGGAUGGAAGUAAGGCUUUUUGUUAUGAGAUGCAUACAGCGCUCUGCCUUGAAUACUUGCACAAUGGGAGUCUACAAAACCUUCUUUCUGCUGAUGAGUCUUGCGAAGUUAAGCUUGAUUGGCACAUGCGGUUCAAAAUAAUAAAGGGGAUUUGUGAGGGUCUAAAGUAUAUGCACAAGGAACGUAUUUACCAUUUUGACCUAAAGCCUGACAACAUAUUGCUAGAUAAGGAUAUGGUUCCAAAGAUUGCAGAUUUUGGUUUGUCUAGGAUCUUUGGUCAAGACAUGAUACGGAUCACACAUGGCCCAUAUGGAACGCUUGGUUACCAACCACCAGAAUACAUCCAUGGAGGUGAACUCUCAGAAAAGUUUGACAUAUUCAGCUUGGGUGCUAUAAUGAUAAAGAUAGUUUCAGGGGCCAUGGGUUACCCUGAUUGUUCGGACAUGUCUUCACAUGAAUUCAUUGAUCAAGUCCUGGAAAAAUGGAGGAACAAGUUGCAGGAAACAUGCAUUAGUAGUGAUUCCCUGCUUGAAGCAUACUGCCGCCAAGUUGUGACAUGCACUCAGAUAGCAUUGAACUGUUUGAAUGAAGAUAAUCAGAAAAGGCCUGACAUAGUGAAGAUCACUGAGAGUCUUAAUGAGAUUGAUACUGGCGUUGGCAAGGUAAUUAAUAUUAUUUGUAAAGGCAGAUACUAGCUAGCAUCAAGAGCCUAAUAUAG